AAACCAGGACAUGGAACAAAAAUUUAAACUUGGGAUUGUGGUCUUCAGAUGUAUCAUCGCCGUCUGCUUUUGUACGCUUUGUUCAGCUCAAAGACUUUGCACAGUGCCUCCUGGGCCUGUCGUCGUCCCCGAGAACAACACUGCUGACAUCCAGGUGGUUAAAAUAAGCUCUGGCAGUGAUGUCACUCUAACGGUCGUGGCCAACCCCCAAGAAAUGUUUUAUCUAAAAGGCAAAGCCCUGAUGGUGAAAAAAGAACUGGACUAUGAGACUGUACAGAAUACAGCAACUCUAGUGGUGUGGGUGCAAUGCAACAGACCCGGUUCCAAAUCUCUGAACGAGUCUGUUGAAGUGGUCGUGGAAAAUAUAAAUGACAACCCCCCAAACUUUGCUCAGAACCACUAUAUACUGGAAGUGAAUGAGCUGACUACAGUCAACUCCAGCGUGGGACUAAUAGAAGCUACUGAUGUUGAUUCUGAACCACUGUAUUAUCGCUUAGAGUCUGCCAUGGAUAAAUAUUUCCACUUGGAGAACAUCAACACUCCAAAAUUACUGGUUAAAAGUGUAAUGGACUACGAUGUUGUGCAAAAGAUCUCUCUGGUGUUACAUGUGCAGGACACACUUAAUGGUUCAGCCUCCAAUAAGCCAUUCUUCACAUCUGUGGCCACCAUUACAGUGCACGUGAAGGACGUGGACAACCGCCCCCCAUGGUUUCAGCCUUGUUUGAGGACUAACUUGGGGCUCGCUAAGCUGUGUUUGAGCACGGGCUACAGAGGCAAAGUCAAUCUGACUGAGAAGGAGGAGGGCCCGCUGACGCUGGAACCAGGUCCAGUGUUUGCUAAAGACGGAGACAAGAACAGAAGCGAACAGAUCAGCUACAGAAUAUUAAGAGGGAACGAAGGGAACAUAUUCCAGAUAGAUGAGGACACAGGAAACAUCAGCAUGUCAAAAGCUGCUGAUAUUGUGGGCCCCAUAACUCUCACUGUUCUGGCAUCACAGGUGACCAACAGAGACCAGUUUGCUGUGACUCAGGUGACCUUUGAGGUGAUGAAGAAGAGCAGGAACCCUCCUCGCUUUGAGAAGGAGCGUUACGAGGGGUUUAUCUACAGCAACUCUGUGCCUGAAAGCAUGAUCCUCAGGGACCGCAGCACAUAUCGGCCCUUCAGGGUUCGAGCCCGGGAUGAGGACUUUGCUGGUGGUGUGAAUCCGGAUGUCAAAUAUGAGGUGCAGUACAGCAGCUACGUCAACGUGACCUCAGAUGGUUUUGUGAUCCUAAAGAGGGUUGUGAAGACCGAGUCCUUUGCAUUGCAGCUCAGAGCGGUGGACUCCACAACGGGAGAGGUUGGCACAACAGCACUUUCUGUUCAAGUCAUACCAGCUGACGCCAUACCGUCCCCUUCAAAUGUUGGCUACCGUGCGGGUGACAUGGCGCUCCUCGGGCUGGUCAUGGCAGCUCUGCUGGUCCUCUGCCUCAUUGUGAUUGGCUUCUUGAUCUCCCGCUUGUGGAAGGACAACAUAUGUGAGUGCUUGGACUGUCUGAAGUCUAAGCAGCAGCACGGCGGCCACAGAGACUCCCUGCAGUACACCAAUGACGGCUUCCAGAACGAGGCCGACGCAAGCCGCGGACGCCUGAAGAACGCCCGUACCAGAGGGAGCAGCUUCCCCCUGGCCGGGGGCCGAGUCGUCCCCCAGGGGAGACGCAACCGCCACUGCUCCUCCUGCGGCGUUUUUGCAAACCACGUCCCCAAAGGGAGCCCCUCGUUAAGACCCUCCAGGAGGGGUCGGGGGGACGGGGACGACUCCAGCUCGAGGUACAUGCUGGCCAAACAGAGGAGGAGGGAGGGACAGAAGACGGUGUGGUUCAAGGAGAGCGAGGACUCCUCGGACAUUGAGGUGGAGAUCAUCCCGGACACUGUGGGCCGAGUAGAGGAGGAGACGCAGGAGGAGCUGGAGGAGGAGUUGGUGAUGGAGGGAGUUGUCAGAGACCCUGUUGCUCCGUGCGCACAGUCUGAGGAAGGCCAACAGAGCUCCAAUCUGGAACCUGGACCUGACCAGGACCAAGGCGGUACUACUGUGGAAAAAGAGAAGGAUGGCAAUGAUCAGGAUGGCUGACAGAAUAUUUUUCUUGUUUCUCUAAUUUGGAUUCUGCAACCAAAAGCCC